GUCAUUAACAUAUGGCAACAUCGCUAACUUUAUUUAUUUUUAUAAUUUUUCACUUUUGUCUUUAGCAGCAUUACGACACUUGAUAUUUACGAUGAAUUAAAUGACAAUGCCCAUAUUUUGUAGCUGAUUUAAAUAAAAAAACGCGAACAUUUUCAUACAACGAACUAGCUUUAAAGUAUAAACAACAAUGGGUUGCUGUGAGAAAUGUAUGACCCGCAUACCAUAUGCCACUCUUAUUGCAACGAUUAUGUGUGCCCUAGGUGUAGUCAUAUUUUGUGGCACCAUGUACAGAGGUGCCACAUUGGCUGUACUAAUGUUUAGUGAGAUUUUCAACAUGCAGUUAUUUUGGGUUGAUGCUGUAAAAAUGACAUUUGUACUGAUUGGAGCAUGUAUGGGGGCACUGGGAUUGAUGAUUCUCAUGGUUGGAUUUCUAGCAACUGGUGCAACGAGGCACAAAGUGUAUAGAGGCUGGGGAUCUAGAGUUAGUGGAAGGCUCAGCUGCGCUAUUUUCUUGUGCAUCACAUAUGUUCUACAAAUUGCCUGGAUCUUGAUGUUCUGCUUUUUGGUGCUUGUGACAUUUGUAUUUACAAUCUUCUGGAAGAUGUGUGAAAAUCCCAGGGUAUCUACAUAUCAAGACAGUAUUGACUUAACACAAUUUUAUUUUCUUUUUCCUGAAGGCACAAGGCAAGAGCAUAUGAAAGUAUCGGGAGAAAGUAGUGUGAGAGCAUUCUGUAUUGACUAUGUUGAGAAAGCUGAAUUAAUGUUUGUAUUGGCAACUGCAGCGUCAGUUUUAGUGAUACUGAGUUUGGUGAGUGAUUUAUCCUCAAAAAGUUUGUUAUAACAAAAAAUAUGGCUUUAUUCACUGUACAAGGUUUCUUAAUCCAAGAUAAAUGAAAAAAGGAUGUUGGAUCGCUGAGCAGCAACUAUGAAGGGAAUUGAACCUUAAUCCCAUAGCAACUAUGCAUAUCUAACCCCAAUAAUUCUUUGCACCUAUUAGACAUAUUUCAAGCACAAAUUUCCCUGUACAUUUGCCAUUCUAUAAGACAGAAAAAACGAACAAAAUGGGAGAAUCUUGUCAUCAUGGAGGCUGCUGGGCAAUUAGAAAUUGUAACAGGUAACUUUUUUUGUUACGAAUAUGUAUUAGCCUCAAACAUUUUUGAAGAGGGGGCUAGUACAUUUUCUCAGUUUAAGUCAAAUCUUGAAUAUGGUACCAAACUAUGCUAAAUAUGCAGAUUCUGAGGGGGCCAUGGCCUUAGGGCUGGAGACUAAUUGUAUAGACCUAUUUGACUGACUUGAUUCAUUGAAUUCCUUUAUUAUACAUGUUUGUCGUUUACAUAUUUGGAUGAAUAUAUGGUCAAAAAAAGAGUAUCUGAAAGAGUGAAUCUGACACCCUGGUCUUCACAGAUAUUCAAGGAGUGUAAAUCAACACGCGAUGACGACUACAGAAAAUUUUUAGAGAAAAUGAUUGGAAACAAUAUACAAAAUCAAGAAAUGAGUGUGUAGCAGUUCUCAGGAGGGAAAAGAAAAAAUACUACGAUAAGUUAUGAUGAACAGGAUUUUACAAACUAAUGACAGUGUGGCAAGGGAGGUGCAGAGUCAACCUAACGCCAUUUUUUAUUACUUAUAAGGGAAUUUCUGCAGUCUCAUUUGGUAACAUGGCAGUGACCAUGGAAGUUUAUGUAAAUACAGCAUCUUCUUGGACUAAUUAUUGGACAAACCAAUUGCAAGUGAUAAAUGAAAAAAUACGGAUUUUUAAUGAUAUGAAUUUCAGGUACAUUACCUGAUGUGCCUGUCCGCAAACUACGCUCACAUCCGAGACCAAGAAAAAUUCCUGCAACUGCAAGAUCUCCAGAUGCUAAAUGACAAUGAGCUGUUGACAGGAAAAGACAGAUUCUAGGAUAUGGCCCAGGAGAUACACAGCAUGUCUGAGUUGAGAUGGCAGCAUUUGACUCGUGAAUCAUGAACACGCAGAUUCUCAAAACAACCUUACGAAUGACAAUCUCCUUCUUUAAUGCAUUGACCAAGUCAUUCAUGACAUAAGCAUAGCAACAGCUCUGACGAAGUUGUAUUUGAACACGAGCUUUUAGAAUCGUAGGAUCAUGGAAAUCGUAUGCUAUUUCAAAAUAAUGACUAAAUUGAGAAUACUGCAUUCUGAAGCCUACAUAAGGCAUUAGAUGUGUCCAUUUCUACGACAUCAUAUUGAUUUGUCAUUCCUAGCUGUUUUAAACGAGGCGUACUGAAAGGGUAAUUCUUCGAAUAUUUCUUGAUAAAAAUUACCCUGUGAUGUGUUCUAAAAAGUGUCUUCCUUUUAGAUUAAGGUCUUACUAACGCACUCAAGCAUGCUGGUGUUUCCUGGGUUAUUAACUAUACACAUAUGUAUUAUUUUUAUACGACAGUAUAUCAGUUUAUUACUUAUUUAUAUUGACGAUUUGAAAUUCAAAAUUCUGCAAAUUUCAACAUUAGUGGAUUGCAGAAUGUGUAAAUGAAAAUUCGAGUCUUUUUUUUUGACAGGGGGAAGCUUUUAUACCCAAUCUCAGGCAGAAAAGUUCGAGAGUAUUGGCUUGUCGGCCUUUCCCGCCCGAAGGGCGAGACUCUUCAGAGGCAAAUAAUUUCUUUGUGGAGGCGUCCCGCAGUACAUUUUUGUAUAUUAGGAACAUGUGACAUUAUUCUUUCUUUUUGGGUUCUACCAUUGCACUGUAUAAGUCGAAAGAUACCGCUCGAAUUUUGACACAUGUCAAGUAAGGAAAAGCUUUGUGGUUUCGAAAAUUGUUCCAGUGGCAAAAAACCGAAAAUACUUGAACCUCGUUUUUCGAAAAAAAAAAGUUUGGAGAUGAUUGUAUUUUUUUGCUACGGGAAAGCUUUCAUAGCCAUUCCCAGCCUCUCCUGCCUGAAGUGUAAGAUUCUCCAGAAAGGCUUGGUCUCUCGUCUCUGGGUCAUGAACGAAAUCGUAUAGCAACUACAAUACACUAUCAAAAGUGUGAGAUCUAUCGUCACGUGGUAACUGAGCCUCCAAUUGCGGACAGAUCUUUACAGACCCAACUGGUAGCUGCAGUUCACUGUUCGCAUUGGUAGAUGGCGCUUCACGCUGUCUUAUUUCGAUGUAAAUUUGAGGGCUGAAUGAUUUUAAGACCCAUCAUAUAACAAUACAUAUUUUGCAACAAAAGGAAUAACUGAACAUAAAUGAGUGAUAAGUUGAUAAACAAAAAUACCUAUCCGUCCAAAGACCCCCAAUCAUUCCAAUGUUUGACACAAAGUACAGAUUAGUUAUGGUACAAAACCUUUGCUGGAUAAUCACAAGAAAUACAUUGCAACUAGAAACUAAGCAAAAUCAGUAUUUUCUUACCCACAUUUGAGUAUUCAUGGGUAUUUGGGAUUCUUCUUCGGAACCAGGUUUCCUUUACGAAUAUUACGACCAUAUCAACAACUUUUGUAACUAAUAAUAUUGACGAAUAUUUAUUUUGGUUGCAUGUUCAUAUAUACUUUAGUUCCAUCAUAAAAUCUAAUUUUAAUAGUUCAAAUUUAAGCAUCUGUUGCCUCAAAGGUAUAUUUUUUAACAUUAAUUUGUUCUAUAUGUGUAAGUAUUAUAAGUACAAUAACAUAAAUGUUCCAAUUUUGUAACUUAUGUAAGUGAUUGUAUAUUUGUACUUUUGACUGUAAGUAGUGAAGUUAGUGAUCUUUUAUGAUUUAUUUUGCAC